UCCCACCGCGCCUCCGCCAUCGCGGAAGCGGAGCUCAACCUGUCGGCCAUGAACCGAGAAUCGGUGCUCCGCCCUGCCGGAAUCGCUCACCUGUAGCUCCUCCGGUCACCGCCGCCUCCUCUUGUCGCCCUUCCGAUGCCACUCCCGUCACCUCAUUGGACGUGAUCCCCAGCAUUUGCCGGACAAUUCUCGGGGAGAGGCCCGGUCUAGGGUUUCUCCCUCCCAGCCUCAUUCCCUUUUCUGCGUUCGAGAAAUUGUUGCAGAUUGCAAUGCAGGAUUACGUUUAAGGGUAGUUGGUUUUCUCGUCCCUGAGGAUCUGGUAGCAUGCAGAGCAAGAUGCACGGGAAAUCUUUACCACGUCAUGUCUCUGAAUCGAAACGAAUGAUCGUUGAGACAAGUGGUCCGUCUAAGCGGCUGUAUCAAGUGUGGAAAGGAAGCAACAAAUUCUUUCUGGGAGGGAGACUUAUAUUUGGUCCAGAUGUGAGAUCUCUGAUGCUCACAAUACCUCUUAUCGUAGUUCCAGUUAUCCUCUUUUCAGUAUUUGUUUCACAGAAGCUGAUUAAUGAGUUCCAACAUCAACUUGGGAAAUUCAUUGUAGCUUUUGCUGUUCUCUUUGCCUCAUAUGACAUUGUUAUUCUCUUUCUUACUUCUGGCAGAGAUCCAGGAAUUGUUCCUCGUAAUGCACGUCCUCCUGAACCAACAGAUAAUGGUAAUUCCUCGCUCAGGUUAUCUUCAGAGUUGUCAGGGAUUUAUGGUGGCUCAAGUUUACCACCAACCAAAGAUGUAUUUGUAAAUGGCACAAUUGUGAAGGUCAAGUAUUGCAAUACAUGCAUGCUAUAUCGCCCCCCUCGUUGCUCCCACUGCUCUAUCUGCAACAACUGUGUGGAGCGCUUUGAUCAUCAUUGUCCCUGGGUUGGACAGUGUAUUGGAAGACUAGAAUGGCCUUGUUGCUGCUAUUUUUCCAUGGGGAUGACAGACAAACUAGGAGAGGUUGGAGCUGAACAUAAAAUGAGGAUGGAGAGGAAUUAUCAUUUCUUUUUUAUGUUCGUGUCCUCCACGACCAUCCUGUGUCUAUAUGUCUUUUCCUUCUGCUGGGUUAACAUCAAAAGGAUUAUGGACGCAUAUGAAUGCAAUCUUUGGGGAGCUGUUGUGAAAUCACCUGUUUCUGGCUUUCUCAUCAUUUAUACAUUCAUAGGAGCUUGGUUCGUUGGAGGCUUGACAACCUUUCACAUUUACUUAAUUUGCAGCAACCAGACGACAUAUGAGAAUUUUCGAUAUCGCUAUGAUGGCAAAAUGAAUCCCUAUAACCAUGGGUGUUUUCAUAAUGUGAAGGAGGUCCUCUUCUCAGGAAUUCCCAAGUCGAUGAAUAAUUUUCGAGCAAAGGUGAUAGAGGAUUCAGCCAGGUUCACCUCAUUACAUUCUACAGGGCAAGUUAUGGCUCCAGAUCUGUCAAAGCCAAGCUUCGACCUCGAGAUUGGUGUGAAGAGGCAUACUGUGUCUACGGAGGAGCUUGAAGACAUACAGAACCAAUUCGAGAUCAGGCCGUUGGAAAGAUGCAACACCCAACCAUCACAUUCGAUCUGGACUGACGACAAAGGUAAUUGGGAUGAUGAACUGGUUGCUGGAUUUGGAACCAAACACAAUUGGGAAAGAACACAUGAUAUAGAAGCAUCGUCUGCUGAAUUUGGAACAGAAAGUGGAUUUGGCGACACGUUUCAUUCAGAAGCAGCAACGUAGUUGCUAAUCAAGCUAGCCGGAAUCCAAUCUAGGAGUUGAUGGACUUGGAAUGAAGCCUUUGUCUGAGUCGAGCUGCGAAAAGCAGGUGCCUGUAAUUUCACUCUUGCUCCGAGGGCUUCCGACAGGAGUAAUAUGAUGCUGUAUCAACUGUAUACUGUAGUUGACCUCAAUUUAAAGAUGUUUGUAAGGGUCUGCAUGAGUCGCUAAUUUGUUGGUAAUUUUAUCUUUCUAUUUUUGUUG